AUGUCGUUGAGCCCAAAGCAUACAACGCCUUUCUCAGUGACUGAUAUUUUGAGUCCUAUCGAGGAGACCUACAAGAAGUUUAGUGGCAUGGACGGCGCAGGGAACCUAACCUCUCCACUGGGAGCUUACCGACAGCCUCAGGUUUCCCAGACUGGCAUGCAACAGCACUCCAUGGGACACAACGCUACCGUGGCGACCACCUACCACAUGCCACACACUGUCUCCCAGUUCUCGCACAGUGCCAUGGGGGGAUACUGCAAUGGGAGCAUUGGCAACAUGGGAGACCUUCCGUCGUACCAGGAAACCAUGAGAAAUAGCGCAGCAGCAACAGGGUGGUAUGGUGCGAACACGGAUCCAAGAUAUUCAACGAUUUCUAGAUUCAUGGGACCUUCCACAGGUAUGAACAUGACUGGAAUGGGGACCCUGACAGGCAUGGGGGACGCCUCCAGGUCCAUGCCACCCCUGCACGCAGCGCCCAGGAGGAAACGACGGGUACUAUUCUCCCAGGCUCAGGUGUACGAGCUGGAGAGGAGAUUCAAACAACAGAAAUACCUCUCGGCGCCAGAGCGGGAACACCUGGCCAGUAUGAUCCACCUGACGCCGACCCAGGUCAAGAUCUGGUUCCAGAACCACAGGUACAAGAUGAAGCGGCAGGCCAAGGACAAAGCCGCGCAGCAGCUGCAGCAGGAAAGCAACCUGUGUCAGCAACAACAGUCUCCGAGGCGCGUGGCCGUGCCUGUUCUGGUGAAGGACGGUAAACCGUGUCAGAACGGCUCCAACACGCCAACGCCGAACCAGCAGCAGGUACAGCAGCAGCAGCAACAGCAACAUAACGGCUCUGGGGUGCUCCCGGCUUCCAGUAAUGCCAUCAAUCAACAUCAAAACCAGCAGGUCCACUCCUUAGUUCAGGCCCAAGACCUGGAGGAGAUAUCACCUAGCCCCCCUUCACUCCACAGCCAGAUCAACAUGGCGCAGAUAGACACUUCUGCUAUAGACUACACCAAUAACAUGGUCAGCUCCAACCUCCUCUACGGCAGAACGUGGUAGGACCUGCUGUCCUUUUACAUUUUUAUAUUUUAACCU